UAUAUAAAAACCUAAUAUCUUUCUUAUAGAAUUCUGUAUACGCAUCACUUGACCUUUAUUUUGACCUGUUAAAAUGUUUUAACUGAAUUUUAUGUAACAAAGAUAUAGUGUAAAUAAUAUAAUUUUACAUAAAGUUUACAGUUCACAAUAAAUAUAAAAUACAUAAAAUAUUAUUUUGAAUUGUUUGUUAGAGGUAAUACAGAAACAGUGGACUCAAUGGAUUUGUCAAAAGACAGUGCUGCAGCAAAUGAAACGUCUUCUGACGAUGAAUUAAAAACAUCAUCGGCUCAAGAAACUAAUAAUCAAAUCACAAAUAUGACAGGAAAAGAAAUUAUUGAAAAUGUAUCUUUCUCACAAAACAGCUUACACAGUCUUCCUAACGGAUUUAUUGAAUACGUAUCAAAACUUGUUGAUCUAGAUUUGAGCAAUAGUCGCCUUCGUGGUUUACCAAAAUCUCUUAACAUGCUAAAGAGUCUGGUAUCUUUAAAUUUAAAUAGUAAUCAAUUUUCAACACUCCCAAAUGUAAUUUGUGAAUUGUGUAAUCUCGAGAAAUUAUGGGCUUCUGGAAAUAAAAUCAAAUAUGUUCCAUGUAAUUUAGGAAAUUUAUCAAAAUUAGAGACUUUAUCUUUAAGUGUAAAUCAAUUAAAGGAUCUUCCAAAUUCAUAUGCAAAAUUAAAUCAGUUAAAAGUUUGUCAUCUCAGCACCAAUAAAUUUAAAAAGAUUCCAAAUUGUAUAGCCAGAGGAAUGGAAAGUUUGCAAAUCCUUGAGUUCUCACAAAAUAAUUAUGUAAACUUAGAUGUCUAUCCCAAGAGUACUAAUUUAACCACAUUUUAUGCAGAAGAAAAUGAUAUCUGUCCCUCAUUUCCAAACUGGAUAUUGUGCUCCGGCUACAAGAAGCUUGAAACGGUGUCACUGAAUAAAACAAGGUUUAAAACGUUCCAUCGGCCAACGAGGACAUCCAGAUGCUAUGUUAAAAAAUUAUUUAUGAAACAGUGCGAUCUCAAUAGCAAGAUUGUUGAAUUCAUAAUCGCUGGAAUGAUAAAUCUUGAAGAGUUAGUACUUGGAAAUACAAAAGUGCUUUACCAAAAUUAUUUCCCAACUAUACCCAUUAAUAAAAAAGAAAGUCUGUGUAGUCUUAAAGUACUUGACAUACAGAGCACAGGGCUUCCACAAGUACCCAAAACAAUAAACAAAUUUUUUAAUCUAAUUAACUUAAACUUAAGCUGUAAUAAUAUUUUCUUUUUACCUAAAGAAAUUUGUACUUUGAAGAAUUUGAUUACAUUAAUAAUAGACAACAACCACUUGAAAACUCUUCCUAAGAAUUUUGGAAAAUUAACAUCCCUAAGAGAGUUAAAGCUAUGUCAUAAUCAAUUGGUUAAAUUACCUUUGAGUAUGAAAUCAUUGUACAAUCUGGAAUAUAUAGAUCUGUACAAUAAUGAAUUUGAAGUAUUACCAAUAGUAGUACUGUUCUUUCGAAAUUUGAAAGGAAUGGAUCUAGAACAAAAUUACUUCUCAACUGAACAUAUACUGCCUAGGUUUCCUCGCUACAAAAAUAUGAGAGCAGUUUUAAGAAAUUAUUGGAUGGAUUCCAUACUUGGUAGUAGAUCCCGCAGCGCACACAAAUUGAAAAUAUUUGUGGAUAAUUCAAACACCUUCCCAUUGCCGAGCUCUUCUGAUAGUAAUUCAGAAUGUUCUUGGAACUCAGUAGACGAUAUAUAUACUAAACGUUGGUAUGUUUCGGAAGAUUCGGCUGACGAAUUUGAUCCCCACGAAUGUAGAAAACCAAAGAAACGAUAUUAUCCCCCGUUGACGUUUUAUCAACCAUAUCAAGAAAUAUAUCGUCCUGCGGACUUUCACGAAAGCAGAGUUCAGACACGAGUUAGCAAGAUGUUAGAAUGUGGAGCUAUAGUUAGGCAAUCAAGCUAUGAGGAAGGUCAAUUCGAAGAUGCCUGAAUUAAAAUAGUGAAACAGCAUCUGAUUUGACGAUUAUACUUUUAAGUCCUUUUUAAAUUAUACGUUUCUAAAUGACAUAUUUUAAAUUAAGAGAGUACAGAAUAAUUAAAUAUCUUCUAAGUUAAAUAUUUUUAACAGGAUAACCCUGUCAUAGAGGAUACUUCCAAAGUGUUAAAUAGCUUACUGUGAGAAGAAAGAAAUUUUAGUAAUUGAGUCAUUGACUUUCUUUAUUCUUAUGUUUCAUCAUUUAAUUACUUGCAUAAUCUUA